AUGGCCAGAUUUCAAACUGUGGGACGGAGAAACCAGAGGAAGGAAAAGCAGAAGAAAAUCAACAAGAAACAAGAAGUGGAGGGGAACUUUUGGAUGUUGAGGUGAAUUAACUCAGACACACACUUGAUUCAGUUUAAUUAUCAGUUUAUUUAAAGCGUUUAUAAAAGAAAUGGUUUACAUGUUUUUUUUCAUGAGUGAGUAAUUGAGUAACUGUCAGUCACUCAAUGAAACUUUUUAAAGACACACAUGCUUUUGUGUAGAGCUGCUAGAUUUUGUUCUUGAAUUUGGACUCUCUGGGCUUCUGUUGGUGUGGCCACGCUCUGUGUGCAGUUCCCUGUGGCAAACUCUAGAUGAUGCUGAAAGUUCGUAUUUUCCUGAACAAACCUUUAAAAGACGUGAACGCAGUGACACUGUUCAUUAACGCAGUCAUGUCUGUGUGUGUGUGUCAGUGAGUGUGUGGCUGUCUUUUGUGUUGUAAAUGUGAUUAGACUCUCUGUGGUUUUGUGUUGUUGUUGACCUACUUCUGCUGAGGCUGAAUGAAAGCAGGCCAGAGCUGGUCUACUUUAAGGUGGACUGUUGGAAACUAGACUGCCCUGGAAAGCAUUUUCUUUUUUUUAGAGUAGUUUUUAAUUUGACUUUAUUUACAUCUCCAGGACACUGUAAAGACCACUGCCAGGACACGGUUUUAUCUGGUCAAAAGGGAGGACAAGUAGUCGAUAUAUCCCCUACAUUUUGGAUACAAACACUAUUUGAUGUUAUUUCCUUUAGUUUGGCUCAGCAGGUGUUUAAGCAACUUAUGCUACACUUGUUCAACAAUAAUUUUCAAUUUUGCUUCCUAUUGAUAGACUAUAUUAACUCAUUUAAGGUCGAUAUGAUUUCUUCUGUAUAAAAUAGGGGUUUUAAUCCCAAAUAGUACAUUCUCAGUUCAACAUGUACUAGCUGUGCUCAGCUAAACAAUUACAGUAGAACUGAAACACUGCAAAGGAGGAUAAUAUGAUAAAAACAGCUACAGAAACUUUAACGUGAGAUUGUUUUGGUCAAUAACAGUUGGGAUUUAGGCUGUUUUCCAUCCUUACAUGUUAGGUAUAUUUGAUUUUUUUACAUCCUACCCAAUUCAGGAAUCAAGAUAUAAAAAAAGAACCACAUGAUUGGUGGCUAAAUCCAAAUGUCCACCCGGCACUGUGGGUGGGUGCCUCUGGGUCUGCAAAUGCAGAGGGUUGUCUACAUCAAGGGUUUAUCCGGUAAGAUACUUACUUCAAGCUGAAUUUUUAAAGACUUCUAAAGCAUCAGUUUUACUCAGCUUGUAGCACAAUAUUAAUUUUAAAGGCACUAUAAGAAAUUUUAACUAUUUGGGAAACAGGCUGAAACUGAUAUAGCAACUAUAAAGCAAACAAACCUGUAAGCAAGGAGGCUGAUUAUUUCAAUGUAGGAAUCAUUAAUGCUUUAAACUGCUGUGAAGGUGGUUGUCAGACCAGAUGAUUUACAGGAAACUAAAAAGUUGUCAACUUUGACAUUUUACAUGGCAAUUAGUUAAAGUAAUAUAUUUUACCCCCAAUUUUUUUUACAGGUACAAGAAGGAAGAAGGCUUUAACCAUAGGGUGUUUUCAUAAAUGAUUUAUGUACUUAUUUUCUCUAUUUAUGUUCCAUUUUUGUGAAUAUAAUGUAAAUAUGUUGGAGACUGACUGUUCAUGGGUUCACAUUAUAUUUAUUAGUAUUUUCUUUAUUCUAUUUUUGCUUUGGCUAUUGUUAAUGUUGUUUUAAAUAUUCUCAUUGGUUUUGUUUGUUUGUUUGUUUUCAGUUUACUUUCUUGUGUAGCACGCACAUAUUUGACUAUAUAUAUACACUACAGGCCAAACGUUUGGAAGCAAGAUCAGAUUUGUACAAAAAAGAUAUAUAUAUAUAUAUAUAUAUAUAUAUAUAUAUAUAAUUUGCAACACAAUAAACAUGACUAUUGUGUAAAGAGUAACUUAUCAGAAGACAUUUUGACUAUAAUAAUUAGGUAUUUGAGUUAUUGUUGCUUAGACUUUGCUUUCUUUAACGUAACCUCCUAUAUAUAUAUAUAUAUCUAUAUAUGUAUAUAUAUAUAUACAUAUAUAUAUAUAUAUAUAUAUAUAUAUAUAUAUAUAUAUAUAUUUUUUUUUUUUUUUUUUUACCCAGAAAAAAAAAAUUACCAGUAUGACUUUCUUUGUGCACACAUUGCUGUUUGACUGGGAGUGUUAUAUACAUGUGGAAAUGGGGCUGGGACACGAUCAUAUGCAAAGGAUCAGUAUAUUAUCAGUUUACACCUGCAGACAGAGUGAAGUUUUCUUAAUAUUGUACUCUGGAACCUGUUUUUCAUAAGUUUGCAAUUUAAGCCACAAAAAGAUGCUCAGAAGGACAGAAAAAAGCAACAUUAGUUUACUGUUUACUGUAAGUCACUGUUUUUUAUUGUAUGCAUUUCAGUGUAAACCUGCACUUGAAUUCCCUUCUCAAUUUCCAAUUCCUCCCUCUUUCCUUUCAGGUUAAGCUCCUCCCACUGA